CGCUGCCGGCAUGGAGGCAGCGGGGUGGCGUGGCCGGGCCGAGGGGCGCCCCGCUGCUGGGGUGCUGCUCCCGCCUUCCCUCCUCCUCCUCCUACUCCUCCUCCUCGUGGCAGCAGAAGAUUGUCUGGCUCAGUGUGAUAAUGACUGCAAAGCUUACUGCUGUGAUGGGACUACUCCCUACUGCUGUUCAUAUUAUGCCUACAUUGGGAAUGUCCUUUCAGGCACGGCGAUAGCUGGAAUUGUUUUCGGAAUAGUAUUUAUAAUGGGAGUGAUUGCUGGGAUUGCCAUCUGUAUCUGCAUGUGCAUGAAGAACAACCGUGGGACUCGAGUAGGGGUCAUCCGCACUACACACAUCAACACCAUCAGCACAUACCCAGUGGCUCCACCACCAUACAGUUAUGAAUAUGAAAUGGAGUACCCAGCUGACCUACCUCCACCUUACACACCAACUCCACAGGCAUCGAUACAGUAUCCCCCACCCCCUCCUUACCCUGGAUAUUCCGGGAAAUAAUUACGUGGCUUCACACAGAUAUUAACUGCCUGCACCACUGGGACAAUUAUUACCAGCUCAGGGACCAAUAGGAUGGGGUCUGCAUCAACACAUGUGGCCAGGUGUUGAAAUAAUCUGGGAUGGCUGCCAUGGCUCAGGUUGAAGAAAAACACUGUCCACUCUGGACUGUCACGUUUCCUGGUUAAACAGCGUGUGACCAAAGAAACAGUUCCUGUAAGUCAGUGCCUGAUGAGCAGCUCUUAGCAUCAGUGCUUUGCUUCAGCUGCAUCCUGUUACAGCGUGUGGGAGUGGAGGGCUUUCCAUGUAAGAACAUGCAAGUGGCACAAAUGGUUCAGCAAGCUGUGUCGAAGGCACAAGAGGCAGCUGCUGAGGCAUACUUUGGGGGGAAGACUCCAGCUGUUGUCUUCAGGCGUGUGUUAAUGCCUUCUCUUGAAAUGAGAGGAAUGACGAAAACCAAGGAAGACUGAAGCUAUUUUCAGCUUCUGCUGCAGGCUGAUGGUACCUGAUGAUCAGCUGUGAGUUGUGGUCUGAUAAGCAGAUUUUGAAGAGAAGUGCUGUUGGAACUACUCAGUAACCAACAAAUAAUGGAUAUUAUUUGUUACCAAGCAUAAGUUGUUUUAAGUGCCUGAUUUUAAACAGUUUGAGACUACUUUGUGACCUGUAAUGUAAACAUAAAGAGCAUUUUUAUAUGUAAAAUACACUAAUUUAUAGCUGAUUUACUUUUACAUGGUCUUAGAUACUGUAUACAUUGGACAUAUGUAUAAUGCUUUUUUAUCAGCAAGUGAUGCUUCAUUUUUUUAAAAAAAAUUAAGAAAACUCACAAGUGAGAGAAGAAAUAUAAACUAAGUAUGAAAAUAUCAUAGAUUUGUCUUGAAUUGGAUUGCAUAAAGAAUAUUUUAAAAAUAAAAAUCAUGUUGUUUACCAGUAAUAAUGAUAACCAAGAUAAUCUCUAACCAAAGAGAUUAGCAGAGAGGCUGUGAACAUCAAAUUACUUUUGAACAUUGUCUUGAGCAUUUUUAAGCUGUAAGUCACCAAAUAAUAUCUUUUGCAUUUGUCACACACUGUUCAAAAUUACCUAAUCUCCACUGUGUAAAGUACCAGCCUUUGUGAUUUAAAACAUUUCAUGUACUUUGGGGAAUAACCAUAAUUCAGCAGCAGCUGUUUGACUUUGGGAUGGAGUAUCCUGUUACCUAAAGCAUCAUACUUCAGUCAUAAGACUACUAUUUUGCUCAGUUUUAUAUGCAAAGCAUAACAACAGUGAUUCUCUUCAGAGGUGUAGAAGUGCUGAACAUAGUUUGAGCUGGGUGACUGGGCAGGUGGAGAUGCUACAGCCAAAAUAGCAGGUUACUAAAAUACAACACCUAGAGCUCAGGAUGUGGCAUCAGGUCCAUUUCAGGGAAAAGACUACAGGUUACCACUGAUUCCGCGAGAUCAGGAUACAUUGAUAUGUUUUCCAGUGUAACCCUCAUCUUUCUUUCAGGUGACAACAGAUGACAACAUUUCAUUACCAUGUAAGUCUGAUAUUUUUGGCAUUCAGACCUGAUCCAGAGAGGAACUCAAGCAACCUUUUAACUUGGAGCACAAAAGAUAUUCAGAGGCCUUCUUGUAAAAAAGACCUUAUUGACUUUUCUUGCUUAGAUUUUUUAACUGUAUUUGUUCUUUCCAGGCUGCUUGUCUUCUUGAAACCCCACUUAAGAGCUCAAAUGGCCUCAGUCCUCACCACUGUAAGUUCAGAAGGUCUGUGUUACGGCCCUUGGCCAAACUGAGCUUUGAGUCACAGGCCCAUGAGCUACCUAGGAAUCUGUAAUCCAGUCAGGAUAACCGAGCUGUGUCACAGGUUUUGAAUGCUGCUGGUUCCUUGGAAUCUUCUCUAAGGAAGGAAAGUUCUAUACUCAUUUCUGUCCUCAACUAGGUUAUCCUUACAGUUACUUCUGCUCUGGGCUAUGUCCUGCAACAUUUCAGCCAGUACCAUGACCUCUCAAGAGCCAGAUCUGAUAACCCCCCAUGAAGGGCAACCUUCUCUGUGGGGUGUUUUGUCAGUCCCUGCUGAAAACCCUAUACUGUGGUAUUGAUGUGCCUGCCAGCGUGGUGGCCAGCAUGAAGAACAGAAUAAACAUAGUUUCCUCUGCAGGAAAUUCUGUUCCUGCCACAUCAUUCUGUGAUAGUAUCUCAGUACUUUCCAGUUGAUUACACUGGAUGAUAUUUCUGUGCCAAAAAGUUACCUAUAGAUAAAAAGUGUUGUCAUUUUUCCCAUUCUUGUAUUUUAUUUCUUUGUGCUGUACAUGCAGACACACAAAUCAAAAGGCAGUUCGUAUUUGAUGAAUCCAGUCUCUUGAAAAAUACAAAGAAAGAAAACUAUUCAAUAGAUCGUAAAUCUUUCAUUAGAGGAAAAAUUUCCCCGGCUGUGACAUUUGUCAGAACAAGUUAUAAAGCAGAUUUCUUAAAUAAAAAGGCAUUUCUA